ACGCUCUUUUUGUUGUCCCAGUAGUUUUAUUUUCACCUUUCAAGAUUUGAUUUUGACCUUCUUCUUCCCCUGUCUUAGACUUAGAGUCCAAUAAAUAAACAUUACAUCCCACUCUAAUUUAUUUCAGCUUCUAGAUUCAUUUCAACAAUUGAUACUGACUUCUGUUCUUCUCUUGUGCCUGUUGCUUGAAUGGCGGCAAUACUGGCUUUACAAGGUGGUUGUUGCCGCAAUAAUGAUUUGAUUAAUCAGAGAUCAAUGGAUAACCUCAGUUUCUCAAACUCCGUAUCAAAGUUUGAGAGGCAAACAUGUAAUCCAACUACGACCAGUAAAUAUUUCCAGUUUCAAGUGGAGAUGCAACAAACUGAAUUGCCCUCUAGAUUAGGAACCAAUGGACGACCUGUUAAAAUGGUACCUACUAGUGAGGUAAUGAAAAAGAAAACUCCAUCCGAUGGCAAAGCAGAGAGAGUGAAUGGUACAAAGCAAGUAAUUAAUGGAGCAAGUCUAGUUAAGAGAAAGUCUACUUCAGCCCUGGUUAGGACUCCAAAAAGGAGGGACUCGGAUGAACUUCCACCAGUAGAGGGGCUGAAGGUUCUGCCUUCAGAUGAAAGUUUCAGUUGGGCUAAUGAGAAUUACAACUCUUGGCAAAGGACAGUUGAUGUUUGGUCGUUUGUUACUGCAUUUCGUCUCCGCAUUCUGUUUGACAACGCCAAAUGGGCAUAUUUUGGAGGCUACACAGAAGAUAAGCAGAAAAACAGAAGACAAAGAACUGCCUCUUGGCUACGGGAACGUGUACUGCAACUUGGUCCAACUUUUAUUAAACUUGGGCAGUUAUCUUCUACAAGGUCUGAUCUUUUCCCACGCGAGUUUGUUGAUGAGCUUGCCAAGUUACAGGAUAGGGUCCCUGCCUUCUCACCUGAGAAAGCAAGACACUUCAUUGAGGAUGAACUGGGUGCUCCCAUCGAACAGUUGUAUAAAAAGUUUGAGGACCAACCGAUUGCUGCAGCUAGUCUUGGUCAGGUACAUCGAGCUAUCCUGCAUAAUGGAGAGAAAGUAGUUGUAAAAGUUCAAAGACCUGGUCUCAAGAAGCUUUUUGACAUUGAUUUACGAAAUCUAAAGCUAAUUGCAGAAUACUUCCAGAGAAGUGAAACAUUUGGUGGCCCAACACGAGACUGGCUUGGCAUAUAUGAAGAAUGUGCCACGAUUUUGUAUCAAGAAAUUGAUUACAUAAAUGAAGGCAAAAAUGCUGAUAGAUUCCGCCGAGAUUUUCGGAAUGUCAAGUGGGUCCGAGUACCACUGGUGUUUUGGGAUUAUACUGCCACAAAGGUGUUGACCUUGGAGUACGUACCAGGCAUUAAGAUAAAUGAAUUGGAUGCACUAGAUUUACGGGGUUUUACUCGUUCUCAAAUUGCUUCACGGGCAAUUGAAGCAUACUUGAUUCAGAUACUCAAAACCGGUUUCUUUCACGCUGAUCCUCAUCCUGGAAAUCUUGCCGUCGAUGUGGAUGAAGCACUCAUCUAUUAUGAUUUUGGCAUGAUGGGAGAGAUUAAAUCUUUUACUCGCGAGAGACUGCUUGAACUUUUUUAUGCAGUUUACGAGAAAGAUGCAAAAAAGGUUAUUCGGAGCCUGAUAGAUCUUGAAGCACUUCAGCCCACAGGAGAUUUGUCAUCGGUGAGGAGAUCUGUGCAAUUUUUCUUGGACAAUUUAUUGAGCCAGUCACCAGAUCAGCAGCAGACUUUGGCUGCAAUUGGGGAGGAUUUAUUUGCAGUAGCUCAAGAUCAACCAUUUCGGUUCCCAUCCACCUUUACUUUUGUUAUAAGGGCAUUCUCAACACUUGAAGGUAUCGGCUACAUCCUUGACCCAGAUUUUUCCUUUGUGAAGGUUGCAGCACCUUAUGCACAGGAUCUAUUGGAUAUAAGACAACAGCGACGCAGUGGGACACAACUGGUGGAGGAAAUAAGGAAACAAGCUGAUGAUGCAAGAUCUUCUACCAUAUCCAUGCCCUCAAGAGUUCAAAGAAUUGAAGAGUUUGUGAAACAACUUGAAGUUGGAGAUUUAAAAUUACGAGUCCGGGUGCUCGAGUCUGAAAGAGCCGCUCGGAAAUCAUCAAUUCUGCAAAUGGCUACCAUUUAUACAGUAUUUGGAGGUACCCUGCUAAAUCUUGGGGUCACCUUAAGUGGUCAAGGCAGUCAACUUUUUGCAAAUGGAUCAUUCAUUGGUGCAGGAGUUUUCUUUACAUUGUUUCUGAGGUCGAUGCAAAGGGUGAAGAAACUGGAUAAAUUUGAGAAAAUGAUAUAAAUCUAUCCCUGGAACAUUCCACAUUUCUUUCACGUGUAUAACAAUUAUUAAAUUACUGCUCUUUCUUUCAUUUUAUUUUAUUUUAUUUUUUUUGGUCCUUUAACAAUAUAAGCUUCAUGCUAAAGAAAAAAAUUGCAUGAAGGCUCUGUUCUUCACAUUCUUAUUUUGCAACAAGUAAAAGAAAGCAAUGGCUCCCUGAUGGGAUAUUGAUAGCUGUACACAUUGUACAAUUGAAAAACAUUCUGUUUUAAUACAGAGAAACAUAGAAUGGUCUACUUGAUUAGCCCCACUA